GGCAUUUUCAGUAAAGCAGAAAAGCAUUUUAUGUAAAACAGCCUGAGAAUAACCGUUGCUGACUGACAUUGUCUAGUAAUAUUCUGCACGCUACUCGAUGUAGCAACAAUGUCAGGGUUUGCAGCUCUGGAGAUGUCAGUUUCCUUACAUGGAAGAGAAAUGAAGAAGUGCUUGGAAGCGUGAUCACCCAAGCCAAUAACACAAACAAUUCCUUCUGCGUGUUGUGGCCGUGACAUCAUCGGUUUUGGUGAAGAAACAUCUGUAGGGCUCUCCAAAGUUGUAGGAUUGAAGUAUGCACGCAAGGAACGUUUUGUGGCCGCGCUUGAGAUGUGGUGUACAGAUUGUUUUACAGCACAGGUGUCGCUCCCAUCUUGCAUUGUCAGCGUAUGUUCCUGUGUGCGACCCGGUUAAUCCAAGGCAUGUUGAGCAGCUCCAGCAUUUCCUAUCCCGCUCCCAGAAGCUUUUUGUCAUGACAGGAGCAGGAAUUUCCACCGAGUCAGGAAUCCCAGACUAUCGCUCUGAGGGUGUGGGACUGUACUCGAGGACAGAAAGGAGACCCAUCCAGCAUGCAGAAUUUGUCAGGAGUGAAGCAGCGCGUAGACGUUACUGGGCCCGGAAUUUUGUUGGCUGGCCACAGUUUUCUUCUCACCAACCAAACAAGGCACACAUGGCUUUAUAUAACUGGGAGAGAGCUGGAAGAAUACAUUGGCUAGUAACACAGAAUGUGGAUGCACUACACACCAAGGCUGGGCAGCGCCGCAUGUCCGAAUUACAUGGCUGCACUCACAGGGUAGUAUGCCUUUGCUGUCAGGCAGUGAGUGAGAGAUCUAAACUCCAAGAGAGGUUCAUGGUUCUUAAUCCAUCCUGGAAGGAGGAUUCACACGGAGUGGCCCCAGAUGGUGAUGUCUUCCUGACAGAUGAGCAGGUGGCUAACUUCCGUGUCCCAGAGUGCGAGAAUUGUGGUGGAAUUCUGAAACCUCAAGUGACAUUUUUCGGUGACACAGUGAGCCAAGAUUUGGUGUCCUUUUUGUAUGACCGCUUGGGACAGACAGAUGCCAUGCUUGUAGCAGGGUCUUCGCUUCAGGUUUACUCUGGAUACCGAUUUGUGCUAAAGGCAAAAGAGAAGGGCAUUCCUAUUGCGAUCCUGAAUAUUGGACCCACCAGAGCAGAUCACUUGGCAGCGGUAAAAGUGAACUCUCGCUGUGGGGAUGUCCUGCCACACAUACUGCAGUGAGAUCAAUAUAAGAAGAAAGUCUAGAUGUACGCAAGUAUACAUUCAAUGGAGAUGUUUCAAUAUUCUGAGUAUCCAGAAGGUCAAGUUGCUAUGUUCAUCAGCUUAGACAAGAAUAACAACGAUUAUCUGAAACAGAAUAAAGAGAACCAUAAAUUGAGACAUUACUAG